AGAGAAGCGCGUCUGCCCAGGGCCCGCCAUCUUGUGCGGCAGCGAGCAGGGCGCGGGGGGCCCCGGUAGCAUCCGCGCAGGAUCCCGCCGACGGGGGCCCAUCAUGCCCGGACACCUGCAGGAGGGCUUCGGGUGCGUCGUCACCAACCGCUUCGACCAGCUCUUCGAUGACGAGUCCGACCCUUUCGAGGUGCUGCGCGCGGCGGAGAGCCGGAGGAAGGAGAGCGGCGGCGGCGGCGGCGGGAGCCAAGCGGGCGGUGGGGCCCGCGGCCCGGCGGGCGCGCAGAGCGGCUCCUCCGGUGGGGCCGGUGGCGCGGGCCAGGCGGGCGGCGGCGCGGGUAGCGCGGCUAAGCAGCUGCGCAGGGAGUCGCAGAAGGAGCGCAAGAACCCGCUGCCGCCCUUCGCCGGCGGGGACCGCCGGGAGGACGGCGGGGGCCAGCCCGGAGCGCCGCUACGGAAGGAGGGGAUAAGGAGGAUUGGCAGGAGGCCUGAUCAGCAGCAGCAGCAGCAGCAGCAGGGUGAUGGCAAACCCAUUGACCGGAGACCUGAACGACGACCUCCCCGGGAACGCCGCUUUGAGAAACCCGCCGAGGAGAAGGGAGAAGGGGGAGAGUUCUCUGUCGAUAAGCCCAUCAUUGACCGACCCAUGCGUGGACGUGGUGGACUGGGCCGGGGCCGUGGCCGCGGCCGUGGGAUGGGCCGAGGAGAUGGGUUUGACUCCCGUGGCAAACGGGAAUUUGACAGACACAGUGGCAGCGAUAGAUCUUCUGUUUCACAUUCACAUUUCAGCGGCCUAAAGCACGAGGACAAGCGCGGUGGCAGCGGCUCACACAACUGGGGAACCGUCAAAGACGAGCUCACUGAAUUGGAUCAGUCAGCUGUAACUGAGGAAACGCCGGAGGGAGAGGAGCAUCCGCCUGCUGAUUCUGAAAAUAAAGAGAAUGAGGUUGAAGAAGUUAAGGAAGAAGGCCCUAAGGAAAUGACCCUGGACGAGUGGAAAGCCAUUCAGAGCAAGGAUCGUGCAAAAGUUGAGUUCAACAUCCGUAAACCAAACGAGGGGGCUGAUGGACAAUGGAAAAAAGGAUUUGUUCUUCACAAGUCAAAGAGCGAGGAGACAAAGGCGAUGACAGAAAUGCAGGGGAGUCUGCUGGAUUCAAAUGAGGCUCAUGCUGAGGACUCUGUAAUGGAUCAUCACUUCCGCAAGCCCGCGAAUGACAUCACAUCCCAGCUGGAGAUCAACUUUGGAGACCUGGGCCGCCCCGGCCGCGGUGGCAGAGGGGGCCGGGGGGGCCGAGGGCGCGGAGGCAGGGCCAGCCGUGGAGGCAGGACUGACAAGUUGGUUAAGGAGUUUGACGUGAUCCACACGCCCAACCAGUCAAGUGCUUCUGCUCCUGACGUAGAUGACCCAGAGGCUUUCCCAGCUCUGUCCUAAACUGGAUGUCAUAAGCCAACCCUGCCCUGGUCGGGCCCUCCUCUCCGAGGCUUGCAUGCUUAAGGAUCCUAAAACAACUAAGAAACUUAAAAAAACAAAACAAAACAAAAAAAAGACUGUCAUUCAUACCAUUCACACCUAAAGACUGAAUUUUAUCUGUUUUGAAAAUGAACUUCUCUCGCUACACAGAAGCAACAAUAUGGUAGUCAGUUUUGUAUUUAGAAAUGUAAUGGUAGCAGGGAUGUUUUCAUAAUUUUUUCAGAGAUUAUGCAUUCUUCAUGGAUACUUUUUUGUAUUGCUGCUUGAAAAUAUGCGUUUCCAAACUUGAAAUAUAGGUGUGAACAGUGUGUACCAGUUAAAAGCUUUCCCUUCAUUUGUGUUCAUUUUUUUAAAUCAGGAUUUUAGACUUUUUUCCCCCAACUCCAAACUGGGUUUUAAGUAUUCCACACUAUUUCCAUUUCCUUAAUUCCUGUUUAGCAGAUUUUUCUCAGCCCGUGGUCUUUUGGAAUAUGUGGAAUACAAAUUUGGCAGACUGUUAGUGCUGUAUGGAAUGAACUCCUGGAGUACUUUAGUUUUAAUGCCUAAUUUCAAACAUGGAAAACCAGUAAUUUUUCAUCUCUGUUAGGUAGUUUGUUUACACAAAACCUUUAUACAAAAUUGAUACCAGAUACUUGAAAUCAAGAUUGAAAGCACAUUGGUUUGUAGUUCAAUACCUGUAUUGAUCCAGAAUGAUGUGUGGGUAAUUGGUCUGAAAACCAGGUUUUUAAAAUUAAUGUAUCCCACCUUCA